GGGAGGAACCAGGCAGAAGAUCCAGAAGGAGAAAGCCAUCAGUUCGGAGGUCCAGCACAAGCUUUUCAGGAGCAUCCAGUACAAAGUGUCUAAAGGUCCCCGAGAGAUUUGCAGUCACCUUCAUCACCUUUGCUGUCAGUGGCUGCAGCCAGAGAGACACACAAAGGCUCAGAUGCUGGAUUUGGUGAUCCUGGAACAGUUCCUGGCCCUCUUGCCCCCUGAGAUGGAGAGCUGGGUGCGGGAGUGUGGAGUAGAGACCACUUCCCAGGCAGUGGCUGUGGCCGAAGGCUUUCUCCUGAGCCAGGUGGGGGAAGAGAAGGAACAGGCUGAGUGGCUGGUCCCAGGGGAAAUGACGGAGCAUCUUGAGGAAGUCAGAGAUCGAAUACAUCCUUCCCAGCAGCAGCUUUUCUGAGGGGUCUCUGAGGAUGAUCCAAAUCCGGACACCUCAAGAAGGAGUAUCAUAUUGUCAUUGUCAUUUGUAGGAUUGUCUCCUUUUUCGGGUGGACCCCAAAGAGCAGCUGAAACUCCAGACCAAGAUCUUCAGUCCGUGGAGGAGCUGGCUGUGCAUUUCUCCAAGGAGGAGUGGUCUCAGCUGGAUCCCAACCAGAAAGCGCUUCAUGGAGAAGUCAUGCUGGAAAUCUCGAGAAACGUGGCAUUUCUGAGUAAGGCCUCAGCUCUGCAUUCAGAUGUUAAUGGACGGGUUAAUGGAAAUGACAAGGAACCAUGCCAAGCAAUCAGUCAGAAGGAAGGAAAAGAGAAGAUUCAAAUGGAACAAAACCAUGAGGGAGAAAACUUCAUUUUUCAGGACGCUCCAGUUCAAGACUUUCUUGCUCAACAGGAUAACAAAGGAGAAAAGGAGAAAAAUGUUGAAAUAUUCAAGGACAAAUCUGAUUUCAAUAAAGACUACAGAAUUCACUUCAGAGAACAGCAGUACCUGUAUCAGGAUGAACCCUCUUAUACUCAGACUUUCGCUCUUACUUCAUGUGGAAGAAUCAAGCUGGGAGAGAAACCAUGUGAAGGUAUGAAACAUGGAAAAACUUUUGGCAAAGAGCCUUCUCUAAUACUCCAUAAAAGAAUCGGCUUGGGGGAGAAACCAUAUAAAUGCAAAUAUUGUGGAAAGAGCUUAGGUGAGAAGAAAUCUCUCAUUAUACAUGAAAGGAUCCAUACAGGGGAGAUGCCAUAUGAAUGCAAGGACUGUGGAAAAAGCUUCCGUAAAAAUAAGUAUCUUACUAUUCAUAAAAGAAUUCACACAGGGGAAAAGCCAUACAAGUGCUUGGAGUGCGGAAAGAGUUUCUGUCACAAUGGAUCUCUUACUUCCCACAUCAGGAUCCACUUGGGAGAGAAACCGCAUAAAUGUAUGGAGUGUGGCAAGAACUUCAGAAGCAAGAGCCACCUCAUUUCUCAUAGCAAAGUCCACACAGUGGAGAAGCCAUAUAAAUGCAAAGAGUGUGGAAAAAGCUUCUGUGGAAAUAUGUCUCUUAUUAUUCAUGAAAGGAUCCAUACAGGGGAGAAGCCAUACAAAUGCAAAUACUGUGGUAAGAGUUUCCGUGAAAAUAAAUCUCUUACUGUUCAUAAAAGAAGCCACACAGGGGAAAUGCCAUACAAAUGCAUAGAGUGUGGAAAAAGCUUCCGUGAGAAUAAGUAUCUUACUAUUCAUGAAAGGAUCCAUACAGGGGAGAAACUAUAUAUAUGUAAGGACUGUGGAAAGAGCUUCCGUGAAAAUAAAUCUCUUGCUAUUCAUAGAAGAACCCACACACGGGAGAAAUCAUAUCAAUGCAUGGAGUGUGGAAGUAGUUUUUGGAGUAGUAGUUCCCUUUCUUCCCAUAAAAGAAUUCACACAGGGGAAAAACCAUACACGUGCAUGGAGUGUGAAAAAAGUUUCCGUGAAAAUGGGUGUCUUACUGUUCAUAAAAGAAUUCAUACAGGAGAAAAACCAUAUGAGUGCUUGGAGUGUGGAAAGAAUUUCCGUCAUAGUGGAUCUCUUAAGUUACAUAAAAGAAUCCACACAGGAGAGAAGCCAUUUGAAUGUACUGAAUGUGGAAAGAUUUUCCAGAGGAAAAGUUACCUGACCUCCCAUUCAAGAAUCCACUCAGGUGAGAAGCCGUAUAAAUGCAUGGAGUGUGGAAAAAGUUUCAGCGAGAGUAGUUCUCUCACUUGCCACAAAAGGAUCCACACAGGGGAGAAACCCUAUAAAUGCAUGGACUGUGGGAAGAGCUUCAGCAAGAGCAAUCACCUUCUUUCUCAUAAAAGGAUCCACACAGGGGAAAAACCCUAUAAAUGUACUGACUGUGGAAAGAGCUUCAGGUGGAACAGUCAGCUGACUUCUCAUAAAAAGGUCCAUUCUGGUGUGAUACCCUACAAAUGCACCGAGUGCGGAAAGAGCUUCCAGGAAAACGGAUCCCUUACUUCACACAAGAGAAUCCACACAGGGGAGAAGCCAUAUAAGUGCACAGAAUGUGGGAAAAUAUUUCGGAAAAGCAGUUCGCUUACUUCCCACCAAAGGAUCCACACAGGAGAAAAACCCUACAAAUGUACAGAUUGUGGAAAGAGCUUUAGUCAAAGCAGUAACCUUAUUUCACAUAAAAGGAGCCAUUCAGGGGAAAAACCCUAUAAAUGUAUGGAAUGUGGGAAGAGUUUCAUGUGGAACAGUCAGCUUACAUCACAUAAGAGCGUCCAUACAGGGGAAAAACCCUAUAAAUGUGUAGACUGUGGGAAAAGCUUCAGCAACAGCAGUCACCUGACUUCCCACAAAAGGAUCCAUUCGGGGGAGAAACCAUAUCAAUGUCUGCAGUGUGGAAAGAGCUUCCGUGAAAAUGGGUCUCUGACUUCCCACAAAAGGAUCCACAUAGAAGAAAAGCCAUAUCAAUGUGUGGGAUGCGGGAAAAUAUUUCAAAGGAAAAGUUCCUUUGUUUCUCAUAAAUGUACCCGUACCGAAGAGAAACCCUAUAAAUGUCUGGACUGUGGGAAAAUAUUCCGAAAAAGCAGUUUCCUUAUUUCCCAUAAAAGAAUCCACACGGGGGAGAAACCAUUUAAAUGUCUCGAGUGUGGAAAGAGCUUCCGCGAAAAUGGAUCUCUGGCUUCCCAUAAAAGAAUCCACUCGGGCAAGAAGCCCUAUAAAUGCACGGAGUGUGGGAAAUGCUUCUGGAGGAGCAGUUCACUUUGUUCGCACAGAAGAAUCCACACGGGGGAAAAGCCUUACAAAUGCACCGAGUGUGGAAAAAGCUUCCGUGAAAAUGGAUCACUUACGUCCCAUAAAAGGAUCCACACAGGGGAGAAACCUUACAAGUGCCCAGAGUGUGGAAAGGGAUUCAAUACAAGCAGUAAUCUUAACUCCCAUAGAAGGAUCCACUCCAAGGAGAAACAGUAUAAAUGCAUGGAGUGUGGAAAGAGCUUUACUCAGAGUGCUUGCCUUAUUUCUCACAAAAGAAUCCACCGAGGGCAGAAACCGUAUAAAUGUGUGGAGUGUGGGAAAAGUUUUAGAUGGAGCAGUCACCUUACUUCCCAUAAAAGGAUCCACACAGGGGAGAAGCCAUAUAAGUGCCGGGAAUGUGGGAAAAUAUUCCGGAUCAGCAGUUCCCUAACUUCCCACAAACGGAUCCAUACUGGGGAGAAACCAUAUAAAUGCAGGGAUUGUGGAAAGAGCUUCCGAGAAAAUGGGUCCCUCACGGUUCAUAAAAGGAUCCACACAGGGGAGAAACCCUAUAAAUGCACCGAGUGUGGGAAAGGCUUCCGAAAGAGCAGUAACCUUACAUCCCACGUAAGGAUCCACUCAGAGGAUCUCCAAGAAAAUGAACCUGAUCAGGAGGCUGUUGUGCCGGCAUCACAAAUGCUCAAGAAUGAACUGAGAAAAGAGACAUUUAGGAAAUCAGUGCGGACCCUGAAGUAAAAUUAGGAAAAUUCCAACAACGUGUAGAAGAAAUCCUUCGGGGUCGUUUUCUAACCUGCUACAGUCCUGGAACCCUGAAUGGUGGACAGAAUUAGGAAAGGAGAAUCACAAUUGCUCAGUACAUCAUCAUCAUCAUCAUCAUCAUCAUCAUUAUUAUUAUUAAUCAAAUUUCUAUACCGCCCUACUCCCGAAGGACUCGGGGCGGUGAACAGCCAAGAUAAAAUACAAAUAAUACAAAUAUUUAAAAAAUCCCUUAAAAUUAUUAAAUAUUUUGGCCGAAACACAGAUUAAAACACCCAAUUUAUAAAAUCACAAAUUAAAAAUUUAAAAAAGGAGAGUUAGGCCAAUGGCCAUAACGCCAUUGAAGUAGAAUAGUUGUACUGUAGUUGUAAUAGUUGUACUGUAAUUGUAAUAGCAUUGAUGAUAUUACCUAGUUUGGGUAAUGAAAUAUCUGCAAGAAAACAAGCAAGCUCAGAGAGCACUAGGGACCCCUCACAUCAUCAUAGUGUUAUAGUUAUCGUACAAACUAAAUUGAUUUGGAAUUUUUCAUUCUAAUAUUUAGAUCAGGAGUGUCAAACUUGAGUUCAUUGAGAGCCGCAUCAGGGUUAUGUUUGAUCUGAGGGGGGCAUGGCCAGCUUGACACCACUUGUGUCGGGGCACCUCUGGUGGCCUGAGUACUCUGCCAACGAAAAUGGAUGCGGCCCUCCCGAGGUCCGUUUUCACUGGCCGAAGGUUGCAGGAGGCUGUCGCAGCCAAAAACGGAGCUCCGUUUUCACCGGCAGAAGUACCAUGGACUGGUCCUUUGCUGUUUCCCGGAUGGCCCCGUGGGCCAAAUCUAAGCACCCUGUGGGCUGGAUCCAGACCGCGCGCCUUGAGUUUGACACCCCUGAUUUAGAUCAUAUCGCUUCUGAAAUAUAUUUGUCCGAAAUAAGGAAUGGAUAUGUAUGAAAGAUGGAGUGUGUGAGACCCAUGCAGAGCAAUCCAUAAGAAGCGGUAGUCUGGAAGAUUUUGGGUCAUGGAGCAUGUGGACAAUGAAGAUCUCUGAAGACACGAUGAAAGGAUGGAUGCAAUCUAUGGAAACUAAUCAAGGAGAGAAGCAACCUAGACCUAAAGAGAAAUUUCCUGUCAGUGAGAACAAUUACCGUGUUUUUCAGAGUAUAAGACGCAGUUCCCCACCCAAAAGAGGCUGAAUAUUGUGUCUUAUACUCCGAAUGUAGCUUUUACUAGGUGCUAGUGAGUGAAGCAGAUCUUCCAUGCUUUGCCUGCUUUUCUCAUUGCUGCUCCGUCUCAGAUGUGCGUUAGAAGCUGUUUUUCAGCCCUAAUGAGGCGCUAGUGAGUGAAGAGAUCCGUGCUUGCUUUUCUCAUUGCUUCUCUCUCCAAAGAGAGAGAUCUCUCUCUUUGGAUCAAAGAGACAAGAAAUGGAGAUUAUACAGUAUCCUUCCCCUGCCAUGCCCACCAAGCCACACCCACAGAACUGGUAGUAAUUUUUUUUUGAAACUCAUCACUGGUAGAAAUGUAUGUAUGUACAACACAUGUAAACAAGAGAGCUGCAACCCUUAUUUGAACAUGUUCUAAAGUUGUGCACCACUGAUGAAUUACGUUGAGAUAUGUAACAGCGUCUGUUUCCAUCUUCUCCAGGAUUCUUGUGAAGGAGUCAUCUCAGUGUGUUUGGUCUUGAUGUCUUUGGUCUAUAAUUAUUUUGUCGUCACAGUUUGACCAUAAGUUAUAUUAUUAAAGCUAGUGAUCGGUA